AUGCGGGAAGAGAAAGAGACACACCUUCGUCACCGCCAAGAAGAGUCACGUCAAGAGAUGGAGAGUGCACGUACAGAAGUUGUUCUUCUUGACCAGAUCGGUGCUAGCUGGGAAGAAGCAGACCGUCUUCGUAUGGCAGCCAAUGAAGCUAAAGAAGAAUGUCUUCGCAUUGUUGCCAAACUUAUUUUGUUGCGUAUCGAGAUUCUCAAUCAGAUUGUUGACUAUCCACUUUCCACUCGUCUUGAGUUAGUUGCACAACAGGAGACACCAUCCAAGUGUCUUUCAGUUAACAAGAUGAUCCAGAAGAAGCGAUCACUCAUCCGAAACUUGGACAAGAUGAUCAACGAGCUUUUUGUCAAUUCACACAAGAGUGAUUCAGAGCGUAUCAGCGAACUUCAGUUAGCAGUUGAGAACAUCGGUGCAUGGGCAAGUGCAGCUAAAGAAGUUUGCACGGAAGUUAAGAAACCUAUUCCACAACUUGGAAAUGUUCCACGCGAAAACUUCGCAAUCGAGAAGAUCGACAUUUUCAUUUCAUCACUUGCCGACUGGGAAUACGAUUUCGAACUUAAAGAUUACACACCAUUCAUUGUACGACAACCCCAAACUCCCAAAUAA